GUGACGGCGCCUCCGCGCCCCCGGCUCGCCGCGGCUCCCGGGAUGCGCGGAGGCGGCGGCGAUGGCGAUGAUGCCUGUAGCCCUGCAUCCUUCUCGGAGGCGCGCGGAGCUGGGGUCUGGGCUGCGAGAUGGAGGAGGAGGGGCGGCGCUGCGGCCACCGGGCAGGCUUUUCUGCCUUGGUUCUCUUUUGUCACAUAUGGCUCAUCUGUGAGUUGAGGCCCUGACUCCCUUCCCACAGAAGGAAGAGUCCUUUCUCUCUGAAAAUGAACUCAACGGACCACCUUCAGGAUGCUGCCAACACCACCUUGCUCCAUGUGCUUCCCUCGCAGGGAGGAAAUAGCACAGCUGUCCGGGAGAAUCUCCAGGAUUUCAUCCAUACGGCCACUUUGGUAACCUGUACUUUCCUCCUCGCCGUCAUCUUCUGCCUGGGCUCUUACGGCAACUUCAUUGUCUUCUUGUCCUUCUUUGAUCCAGCCUUCAGGAAAUUCAGAACCAACUUUGAUUUCAUGAUCCUGAACCUGUCCUUCUGUGACCUCUUCAUCUGUGGCGUGACCGCCCCCAUGUUCACCUUUGUGUUGUUCUUCAGCUCAGUCAGUAGCGUACCGGAUGCUUUCUGCUUCACCUUCCAUCUCACCAGUUCCGGCUUCAUCAUCAUGUCCCUCAAGACAGUGGCCGUGAUUGCCCUGCACCGGCUCCGCAUGGUCCUCGGGAAGCAGCCUAAUCGCACGGCCUCCUUUCCCUGCACCUUGCUCCUCACUCUGCUUCUCUGGGCCACCAGUUUCACCCUCGCCACCCUGGCCACCUUGAAAACCAGCAAGUCCCACCUCUGCCUCCCCAUGUCCAGCCUGAUUGCUGGAGAAGGGAAAGCCGUUCUGUCUCUCUAUGUGGUCGACUUCACCUUUUGUGUUGCUGUGGUCUCUGUCUCUUACAUCAUGAUUGCUCAGACCCUGCGGAAAAAUGCUCAAGUCAGAAAGUGCCCCCCUGUAAUUACAGUAGAUGCUUCCAGACCACAGCCUUUCAUGGGGGCACCCGUGAAGGGAGGGGGAGAUCCCAUCCAGUGCACCGUGCCAGCCCUGUACAGGAACCAGAAUUACAACAAACUGCAGCAUGUUCAGACCCAUGGAUACACCAAGAGUCCCAGCCAGCUGCCCACCCCUGCAGCCAGCCGGCUGCAGCUGGUAUCAGGUGUCAAUCUCUCCACGGUUAAGGAUUCCAAGGCGGUGGUCACCUGCGUGGUCAUCGUGCUGUCGGUCCUGGUGUGCUGUCUUCCCCUGGGGAUUUCUUUGGUGCAGGUAGUUCUGUCCAGCGAUGGGAGCUUCAUCCUUUACCAGUUUGAACUGUUUGGAUUUACCCUUAUAUUUUUCAAAUCAGGAUUAAACCCUUUUAUAUAUUCUCGGAACAGUGCAGGGCUGAGAAGGAAAGUGCUCUGUUGCCUUCAGUACAUAGGCCUGGGUUUCUUCUGCUGCAAACAGAAGACUCGACUUCGAGCCAUGGGAAAAGGGAACCUCGAAGUCAACAGAAACAAAUCCUCCCAUCAUGAAACAAACUCUGCCUACAUGUUGUCUCCUAAGCCUCAGAAGAAAUUUGUGGACCAGGCUUGUGGCCCAAGUCACUCGAAGGAAAGUGUGGUCAGCCCCAAGAUCUCUGCGGGACAGCCCCACUACGGUCAGAGCAGCUCAACACCCAUCAACACGCGAAUCGAGCCGUACUACAGCAUCUAUAACAGCAGCCCGUCCCAGGAAGACAGCAUCCCGUGUAACUUACAGCCAGGAAACUCGUUUAAAGGGUUUGCCAACUCAUAUAUCGCCAUGCAUUAUCACACCACUAAUGAUUUAAUGCAAGACUAUGACAGCACUUCAACCAGGCAGAUCCCGGUGCCCUCUGUGUAGAGUCUUGGGGGCUGGACAAUCUCGUCUACACUGCUUUUGUUUCUGAUACUAAUGGAUGGGUUUUUGUUUGGUUUGGUUUUGUUUUUCACUUUGGUGAGACCAGUACUAGAUCAAAACGUAAAAAUUCCGCUAAACAGUUGGCAGUGAUGGUUUUCUUUUGUCUGAAGUAUUAGCAUCUAUUAAUUUCUUGGCGGUUUCUUAACAUUUUAAGAGUUGAUGUAAAAGGUUGUUAUUUAGAUUUUUACCCUGACCUGUGCUCCGAUCUUUUGUACUAAAUUUUUAAAUAGAUGCCCGGGAAUGAUCAUGCUACUAUGUUAAAGAAGAGAAGGAACUGAUUAUGACCUUUUGGGUCAGUGUCAUGGGUCUUCAAAGUCUCUAUGAGCUGGAAUGUUUCAAGAAUGCGAAAGUAUGAUCUUUCCUGAGGUGUUAUUUUUAUUAAUUGAAGUAUAAAUUUUGAUUCUUUGAAGUAUUGAAAUGGGGAACAAGACACUUUUUUGGUAGCAGGCUCAUUUGAAUAAAUAAUAUAUUGUUAAAGCAGAAAAUCAGAAAUAUUAUCUGUAACUACCUUUACCAAAAAUCCAUAAGCAUUGGGUACUUUCGUAAGACAGUCAACCAGGAAUAUGGUGUUAGGCGUAUUACCAUUUCUUAUCAUAGACAUUAUUAUUUUGUGUCAAUUGAGUAGCUGUAUAGUUCAUUUUAAAAAGAAAGAUGUUUUUGCCUGGUAAAAGUGAAUUAUUCCAUUUUGGAAUAUUCUUAUCCUUGUGAAGAGGACUGCAUCUGUGGCAGAGGUAUGCUAUUCCUGGGAGAGUUGGUACUAAAUGUGCUCAUCUCAGUCAGGGUGUUAUUAUGUGGGAAGCAACCUAGACUGCUAUGUGUUAGACGAUCCUUAUUAUUAAGAAGGCACAAGGAUGAGAUUGGGAAUGUUUUGAUUUGUGCUUUCCUUCUGUGUGAGAAUGGUUUGUUAACAACUUGACAAAAAAUAUCCAAGUAACUAUUUAGGUAUAUAUAUAUUUUUUGUCUUCCUUUAUAUGUUACCGUGAUGGAAAAAUUCUUAAGAUGAUCUGUUUUCAAAUUAAUUGUGUAUUUUCUCCCCCGUUAAUCUUAAACUAGAGGUGGGCAGUAGGAAAACUAGAUUAAGUAUUUCUAUACCUAAAAAUAAUUUUAUUAUGUACUCUGUGAUGCUUAGCAUAACAACUGUAAACUCACAUUUUUAUGGAAAAAUAUUUUCAUCAUACAGUUAACAUUUGAACUUGCUACAGUUUUUGAACUAUUAACUGCUAGACUCAAGAUGAACAUCAAGAUACAAAACCUAUCUUUAUAAAUUGUUAUAUUCAAGAACAGUUAUUGCAGAUUGGAAGGCACUUUAUUCCUUUGGAUGAAAGGUAUUCAAUUUAUAGCACCCUCUCCCACGUUGUUCCCACGUACAGAGGUCAUGAGAAGCAUGGAGAAGACACAGUAGAUACUCAGCUAGAACUCUGUUCAACCUCAUCUUACAACUCUUACUGUUCAGUACAAAUCAACCAUUUCUGUUUCUGAGAUUGAGAUACAGGUUUCAUUUUAUUUUCAAAUUCACCUUUUAGGACUCUCUUCUUCCCUUUCUUCCUUUAUUUUUGCUAUUAAAUUUUAUAAUAGAACAGAAAAUAUCCACUCUUUCACAUUUUUUUGUAAUUGAAUGCUAUUUUUGGAAGUCACUAUUACCAGUUUCAAUUGUGCUUUUAUAUUUUUAAAAUAACACUGUUUUCAUUCAUUAAUACUCCCAUGAGAUAGAUUAGUAUAUUACCUCUUUUUAAACAAAGAAUUAAGAAAUCUAAUAUCCUCUUCCAAGAUCAUUUGAAGAAUUGUGGCACUUUUCAGUAGUGCUUUUCAAUUAGACUUUUGUCUAAAUUCAGAAUUUGGUAUUUAUUCCAAUAAGCCAAAUGGCUUUAUAAUUAAUAACAUUAAUCCAGAAGAUAUUUCAAACUUUUUAAAGUAUGUAUCUCUUUUUUGGCCAGGCAUUUCAAAUGUGAUUCAAUAAAAGGUUUUUUUAAAUGUAAUUUCUACUUGUAAUAUGAAAAGUGACAGUUUCCUGUGUGACCUUUGAAAUGACUUGACCCAUCUUUGGGAGGUGAAAAUUAUAGCAUAAAGAAAACUAAGCAUGUGCACAUGAGAUAUUCAGUUUCUUUAUGCUCACUCAUCAAGAAAUUAUUGAUUCAACUUGCAUGAAAGAGAGUGGGCUAGAUUCUUAGCCCUCCUCUGUAUCUAUAUGUACAUACAGGUAGAUGUAUAUAACUUCUCUCUUCAUAAGGGCUAAAAUGAGAACUAAAAGUCAUGAGAAUUCAGUUGAAUAUGACUAAUUAGCAGGGCAUAUUAAUUAGUUCUCUUGAUGCUUUACUGUGAUGCAAAGUCUGUGUGUAUGUCAAACAUUUUAUAAUUCUUCUGAUGUUAACCAUUAGGCCAGAUUUGUAUUUCUGAUGCUUUUAAUGUUCUUUUAAAAUAAUGUUUAGAAAAUAAAAAUAUUGAAAAUCCUAACCUUUCUGAAUAUCAGAUUACAAUACUAUGACUUUCAUGUCUAAUCAUUUAAAUCAGAGAAUAGUAGUGAUCAUUAUUGCAGAAUGGAUAGCAAUGUGGUGAAGCUCAGAGAGAGUUAUUUUCCUUAAGAGAUGAAAUGACAUUUUUGACCAUACUGUGUAGCAUGCAUGAUACUCAGACUAAACAAGAACAGCUCCAAAUGUUAAUUAUUUACCAAACUAAAUUUCUCACCCAGCUGGGAAAGUCCUGACUGAAUAUUUCAAAAACUUCUUUAAAAUGAGAUUAAUUUGGAAAAAGAUACAGAAUUUUGGAAUUUUUAGUUCAUCAAUCAGAGUUUGGUUUUCAGAAUCAGAAAGUAUUAAGCAGAAAGGGAUUGAAUAUAGCAAAUUAGCUAUCUACUAAAUUAUUAGAACAUCAGGGCUCUAUGAUGGGUUUUUAAGAAAGAUUCCAAAUAAACACUACCAGCCUGAUUAACCAGGAGAGCUACUACUUCUGCUGCAACUCAGAAAGGGGAAGUCAAGAGGCCUCCUUGGACUUUUGGUUUCAUGGACCACCCUGUUGAAGUAGAUAUUCAGAGAUGAGGAACUUGCUGCCACUACUACUACCUCUACAACUAAUCCUCUUGACACCUCCAAAGCAAGUGGCUGAACAGAAAAACACUGCUGCAGAAAUAAAUUUGGCAUAUGUAUUUAUUUCGUGGAACCCAAUUUGCAUUUAAAACCCUAGCUGUCCACAAGUCUGGAAAGUGUAGUUACACUAAAACGGUAAUCGAAAAGAGGUUUGGGACAGGUACUUGAGUUCCAAUCUCAUUGGUCCUCAGUGGUCCUCCUUUUUGGUACUCAGCACUUGUAUCCACACUUCUAGCCAUUCUUUCAAACGACGGCAACAGCAACAAGACCAUUCUCCCAUUUGAAAUAAUGCAGUCACUUCUCUCAUUUAAACAAAAACAUGCCUUCUCUUUUCCAGACUGGCUGCUUUUAUUAUCUUUUUCUAUGUCUUCAGUGUUCUGCAGUUUUAAUAUGAUAUGUAUCUUUUUAUUUAUCUUGGGAUUGAUUGGACUUUUUGAAUCUAUGUUCUGGUGUCUUUCAUCAGUUGUGGACAAUUCUCAGCCAUUAUCUUCUCAAAUAUUGCUUCGGCCCCAUUUUCUCUAUUC